GCGACGGCGAGUUCGUGAGCGCGACCGGCACUUGCACGGCGACGGAGCGCCAGUCGGGCCCUUGCUGAGUGCGGUUGCGCUUUCUCCUGCCAGGCGAGCAACCACGCGGACCUAGCGACGCACCUUGGGUUCACGUAGUAUAUCCACCGCGCAUAGCGGUAUCCACACUUGACCCAAGUUGAUCAUCGACAGGGAGGCCACGCGGACUGUGAAUGGGCUACAACUCCAUGCUGCCAAGAACGACAUGGAUUGGCGUCAGCUGACAUUGGCACUUCUACUGGUCUUGUGUGCUUUGGACCUGAAAGCAGAAAUCCUCAAAGGGUAUCCCUGCAUUCGAAGGCUCAACCAGCUGUACUGCCCGACACCCGGGAACGGCUAUCCAAAAGUCAAUUGGACAGGCAUUGAAGGCGGUGAAAGGUACAAGGGGAAAAGAGUCAAAAGGGAACGCAUCGACAUGUUCAUCGACGAGAACAAGGCGCUUAUUCGGCGAAUGUUCGGCGAGUACUCGUCGCCCGACGAGGACGGUGGCCACCGGGACCACUAUGAGACGUACGACGGGAAGACCAUCCACACCAGGACAGAGAGGUCUCGCUCCUCAUUCGCCGGUGCAUCGUCCAACAAAGUGGAUGCCUGCGAGUCGGCUGUGGAAAUUGUCACACCAUACUGGGCAUCGAACAGCGCUGGCAAGAUUCGAGCCAUUGUCAACACGCAGCACUUGCAGCAGGCGAUACAGCAAGAAGUCUGCCAGUCCGUGCAGACCAAGAAGUGCAACAACGACUGCAGCUGCGAGCAGAAGUACAAGUGGCAUAGGCUCCUGGCUUACGACCCGGAUGACGACUGUAAAGGAAUCUUCAUGGACUGGUUCCUGUUCCCUUCAUGUUGUGUGUGCCGGUGUGCAAACCCCAUAAAAAAGUGACGCGCAAUGCUUCUCGUGACAUGGCUGUUCCGUUGGAUGACAUUUGAAAACCAAUGAAUGCCACCCAAAAGAAGUUGUGAUGUGCUGCUGCGAAAGGUCAACGCAGAUCGCAAAUCGCUCCCGUAAAAAAAGAGGCGGAAAUAGAAGAUAUAGCGAAGAUUGGUAGCUGACGAGAAAAAACUCUGCGUGAUGCAUUGCUGCCGAGACAGCUGUGGUGAUGUGAUCAUUCCGGGACGAGCAGCCGAAGCAGCACGGAUGUGGGACACCGUCAGCAAAACAAACUGUGCGUGUGCGUUCGACCACUGGGCAGCGUGUGUAUACAGGACUGGAAGGCGCAGGAAUGACCCGGGCCGAGUGACUCUCCGCGUGCAUCGGCCGCGCACCCGUGAAUGAGCGUGCGCGUGUGUGGUGUGUGUGUGUGUGCGCGCGCGUGGGCACUUGAACGACUUCUAGCCUGCUGCAUGGCGGCGACUGUGGCCCACUGUGCGUAUGCGAUCAGCGAGUGGUGCUCAGAGGACUGACUGUUCAAGAAAGACGCGGGGGCAGUAUAAGUAUUACACCCACGUAAUUUGUUCAAGAAAGCAGGGAUUGCCCUGCCCUGAAGAUCGACUGAGUGAGGUGGUCUAUUACCCCCUUAAUCUUCCUCGUAAGGAACAGGCAGAGAGUAUAUAUUAUAUGCUUCAGUGUGGCAUGCAUGGCCAUAAAUGAGCCUGAGAAAAGAGAGCGUUUAAUGAUUACUUCAGGCAGGCAUAGAGAGAAAUAAAUAAAAAGAAAGCUCACACUAUUACUCAAAACGUGAUAAGAAUAUUGACGAACGAUGAAGUUGUACGAGAAUAUGAAAUGACCGGACAAAAUGUUAGAGAGAAAGGGUUUCGGGGAACUUAUCGCUACCUUGGAAGACUUUAUAGGUACAUUUAGUUGCACACUCCAGAAUAUAAUUCUGAUUAUUUUUCUAGCUUAUCUGUAGCUAAACCUAACCUUAGACUAGUAGAUUUUAACAUACUGCAUUUAUUGAAACAAAUCACACAAUUUGCACAGAACUUAUGAAAAGGGUAAAAUUAGCGCCGCUUUGUUCUACAUUUUUUACUGCUAAGUUAUUGAUAAUCACUUUUGACAAAUAGAUGAAUUGCGGUAAGAAAACGCAGUAGACUUCAAGACGAUGUCAGCAAGUUUUGUUUGGUUUAUAUGGCGUGAAAGUCUUUCGCUGCCAUCGCAAACAAAAUCGGCUAUGCACACUUCGUGAAAACUUUUCGAAUGCAGUUUUUUCUUUUUUUUUAUCGCUUGCGCAGUGAGAGGUGAGAAAGUGCUAUAUACUAUACAAAAUACCUUUCGCCCCCACUUUUAAGCAAUGAGAGAUCACAACUGCGCCAUAGAGCAUAUGAAAGUUCGUUCAUACAAUUUGUGUUCGCGAUUAUUUCAACUCGUUCUUUUGCUGUAGUUCAUGUUCUCUUCGUUUCUAGCAAGGAACGGUUGACUGGGAUAUUAUGAAGUUUAGUGGAAUGUUCUGUUUUAUGAAAACAUGAAUGGAAAAUUAAUAAAAAAGAAAUAAAAUGCAUUUUGCGCUCUUCCCUCAGCAUCUGAGAGAGGGCGGAAUCUC